AUGGCUGCUCUCACGCUCGUAAAGCAGAAAUCCCUCAAAGCGCUCGAGAGCGCCAAGUCGAUGCUGUCCGGCGGCAAGAGUAAGCCGCCGCCGCCCCCGCCGCGGCUCACCGUCACCACGGGGCGCGACAGCGACGUGCUCCUCGAAACGACCUUCUUCGGGUCGCGGCUCGGAAUCAAGCUCGUGCUGGCGCUGGCCGAGGGCCGCACGGACAUCGUCGUGGAGGAGGUCGUCGCCGGCGUCGGCCCGGAAGGCCUCUGCCCGAGAGACGUCCUCGUCGCGGUGGAUGGCGGGAAGGUCACCGUGCCGCGGCCCGACGCCUUCGACGCCUGGAUCGCCAAGCUACGGAAACGGCCGCGGCCCCUCGUGCUGACCUUCGCGCCCGGCGCGGGGCGCGGCGCGGCGCAGAAGAAGCAAGUUAUGAGGGACCGGCGGCUGCGGACGACGGCGGCUUUGAAAGCAUUCGAGGCGAAGGACGACGACGGCGAAGCGGCGUACAACGCUGCCAUGCUCAAAGCGAACGGCAUCGGCGGGCCCAAGGACCCGAUCGCGGCGGUCCAGCUGCUGCGGAAGGCGGCGUUUUUGGAUGUUGUCAAGGCCCAGGUGGCGCUCGGCCAUUUGUACCGGCAGGGCUCGAGCUCCGUCGCGAAGAACGACGACGAGGCCUUCCGGUGGUACGAAAAGGCCGCGCUCAUCCGGCGCGACCCGGAGGCGUUGUAUCAGCUCGGCAAGUACCACCGCGACGGGACGCCGUCGCGCGCCGCGGACGUGACGAAAGCUAGAGAAUGCUUCGAGGCCGCCGCGGCGAUCGGCGGCCGCGACGCCUACGCCGAGGCGCUCGCGGCCCUCGAGGCGGACCUCGACCGCCAGGCCGUCAUCGACUCCGUGGUCCAGUCCGUCAAGUCCGUCGUGGGGACGCCGUCCAAAAACGACGGCGGAGGCCUCUACGAGACGCUGGUCGACGACGAGACGGUCUCGCCCUUCUCGACGGCGUCGCGCGGCUCGCGCGACGACCCCGAGCCGGCGACGCGCGCGCGCUCCACGGACUCGCGCGACAUGGAGUACGUGCCGCCGACGCCGGAGUACAUGCGGCGGCGCGGCCGGUCGGACAGCCCGCCGCUCGGACGGCCAGCACCGGCGCCGCUCCUGCACGUGGGCCGGGCGCACCUGUUGCACGAGGACAGGAUGGUGUAA